CCCUGGCAGCCACAGAUUGGUAGUGUGAAAGAGAAGCUGUGUUUUACUGAACCCAACAUUACUGAGGACAACUUCAACUCCUUUGUAAGAAACAGUAAGAUCCUGAAGAAGAUGAAGCAUCCAGUGGUUUCCUCACAGUCUGGGAACAGCAGCAAUGACUCUGGACCUUGCCUCGGGGAGAACCAGCACGUGGCCAUUCCCGUCUUCCUGUGCCUUGUCUUCUUCGUGGGUUUCCUCCUCAACACCUUCAGCCUCUGGGUCUUUUGCUGCCGGCUGCCCUGUUGGACUUCUGGAACUAUGUUGCAGUUCCACCUGGCUCUCAGCGACGCCAUCGCUACCCCGGUCACUCCCAUGAUGGCGGUAUACUUCGCCAUGGGCAACGACUGGCCCUUUGGUCGGUUCCUGUGCCAGGUCAAGAUCUCUCUGCUUAGUUCACAUUUCUACGGCAGCACCAUAUUCCUCACUCUCAUCAGCAUCCAUCGGUACACAGCUGUGGUGCACUUCAACAAAAGCUCCUUCAUGAAACGGAAGGACUUUAUUAGGAAGCUGUGUGCAGGGGUUUGGUCUGUGCUGCUGAUCCAGGCUGUAAUCUACGCUUUCAUGCUUCCUCCCGGUAAAGUGGGUGAUAACAGUCAAUGCCUCUCCAUCCAUCAGAGGAACCUGACAGACAUUUACUUUGUCAUUAACUUCAUCCUGUUCAUCUUUGGGUUCCUACUUCCUUUCCUUGUGUCUGCUGUUUGCUACAGCCGUCUGGCGAACACCUUAACUCGCCUAAACAUCAGCACAGCUAAAGGUCUGAAAGUCAAGAUGAAAUCUCAGCGGAUGAUAGGCAUGUGUCUGGUGAUAUUUGGGCUGUGCUUCCUGCCUCUGAACGUAGUGCGAACUGUGGGGGUGGUACUAAAAAAAUACUACCCUAAGGAAUGCGAAGUUCUCCAGCAGAUCGAGACGGCGUACUAUGCAUCUUGGAUUUUUGCAGGAGUGAACAGCUGCUUGGAUCCGCUGUUGUACUGUUUCGGUUCGCAGAAUUUUCGAGAUGCUUUCCAGUCUUUCAGGAUUGGGCAGAAGACAGAGGUUCCAAACAGAAGUGAUUCAGAAAUGACUGCAAAUCAGGUGUGAGGGAUAUUAGAGACCCAGGAUUCAGUGUUGGUCUAAACAGGUUUAGAUCAAGUGACAGUAAACCAUCCCUUAAAAACUAUACAAACUAAGCUGGUGAGGCAAAAAGUCAAAUUAUUCCUUUAAGACUCAAACCAGCUAAUAAAAACAAUGGUUCUUAAUAUUUGGGUUCUGCCAAAUUUGAUACCCCCAUUUCCUGUCCAUCGUACAUGACGUGCAGGGCUGAUUGUUACAGCCAGAGAAAAGGAGAUUUCUUAAUAAAUUACACUUGACAAUGAUUAAACCUUUGUACCACAAAACAUCCUGAACUUUUCAGGUUGUGGUUGUGUAAGAACUGUUUUCCUUUCCUGUUUUCCUAAAUUCUACUGUUUGCUUAUAGCAUUAAACAAUUAUUGCCAUCAUUUUACUUGAAAUACCUGCAGACUGAAGCGUCAUUGAACUGUCUAAAAUGCUAAUUAAAUAAAAUGUUUGAAUUCCACUUGUCUCUUUUUCCAAGAUCAAUCUCCAGCAUGUUUAAGGUUUCAUUCAUUUCCCUGUGUACAUAUCACUUCCAUGAUAAAACUGUAAAAGUUAAAAAAAAAU